AUGGAGGACAAAAUUGGAACUACGCUCACAACUCGUACUGUUACGGGAUCCUUAACUCCAUUCAUUCCUAUACAAGAUGGCGACCAGCUUUUGGUGAAUGGAAGAUCGCAAGAUUUAUACGGAUGGAUAUACAUAACUGAACUUUUGGAUGUUAUCAAUGUGUAUCCUUUAUCGCUUAACAACAAUUCAAUUGUUAACUUCCAACCGGGCACCAAUAUAUUCUUCCAAUUGGAAUCGUCAUCGUAUUCCAGUAUGCGUGUUCCAGUAGCGAGAAAUGUUGCAAUUGGUAAAACGACAACGUUGAAAGGUUAUGUAGGAUUGCCUGAUAAUGCAGGGAUCAAGUUCUUUGAUGAUUCGUCUAUUAAAAAGUAA